ACCAUAACUCAGUUGGACUUGUAUCCGAGAAGUCAGAUGCCAUGGAUUGGCUCCCUCACCGAAUGGCUGCUUUUCUGCUCCUGUUAUUGGUACUCUUGGAUUUCAGCACAGGAUUUCAUGUAGAGGUAAAAGAAUGGAGUGAAAAUGGAACGGCAAGAUGGAAAACCUUCAGAAGACAAAAACGUGAAUGGAUCAAAUUUGCUGCAGCUUGUAGAGAAGGAGAAGAUAAUUCUAAGAGGAAUCCAAUUGCCAAAAUCCGAUCGGAUUGUGAAGAAAAGCAUCCAAUCACAUACAGCAUCUCUGGAGUUGGAAUUGAUCGUGCCCCCUUCGGAAUAUUUGUUGUUAACCCAAGAACAGGAGAAAUUAACAUAACAUCAAUAGUGGAUAGGGAAGUAACCCCAGUAUUUGUUAUACGUUGCUUUGCUAAACACUCAGUGACGGGUCUUGAUUUGGAACCACCUCUUGAACUUCGAGUCAGAGUUCUGGAUAUAAAUGACAACCCUCCUAUAUUUGCACAAACUGUAUUUACAGGAUCUAUUGAAGAAAGCAGUAUGGACAACACACUGGUGAUGAAAAUAAUUGCAACAGACGCAGAUGAACCCAAUCACUUGAAUUCUAAAAUUGCCUUCAAGAUAGAGAGUCAGGAGCCUUCAGGUCCACCCAUGUUUAUUAUGAAUAAAUAUACUGGAGAACUCCAUCUUGCAAAUUAUCUUGACAGAGAGCAACAUAGUAGCUACACUCUUGUUGUGAAGGCGUCAGACAGGGAUGGAGCAGGAGAUGGAAUAUCAUCCCUUUGUAGCUGUAACGUUAAAGUUAUUGAUGUCAAUGACAACUUCCCAACUCUCGCUCAAAGCUCUUUUUCAGCAAGUAUUUCAGAAAAUUCACUCAGUUCAGAACUUAUACGAAUACAAGCUCUGGAUGCUGACGAAGAAUUUACAGACAAUUGGUUGGCAGAGUUUUUCUUUAUAUCUGGUAAUGACGAUAACUGGUUCGAAAUUGUUACAGAUCGAGCUACAAAUCAAGGAAUCCUUAGAGUAAUUAAGGAAUUGAAUUAUGAAUAUCUCCAAACUCACUCACUGAUUAUCGGUGUCAGGAACGUAGCUGCCUUCCACCACUCUGUUGCGCAUGAGUACCGAAUUUCUGGAACACCCCUCACAAUAGAAGUGAAAAAUGUGAUUGAGCCACCCAGAUUUCAUCCAUCUUCAAUUAUGUUUUCUGUAUCACGAAACACAAGAGUGAAUUAUGUUGUGGGAACGUACACAGCCUUCGAUGAGGACUCUGGAUCUGUUGCAUCAAAUGUUGUAUAUAGUAUCGGACGUGAUCCAGCUGCCUGGUUCAGAAUCAAUCAAAACACUGGUCAAAUCACACUGAACAAAGUUGUAAACCGGGAAUCAAUCUAUGUAAUCAAUGGGCAGUACAAAGCAGAGGUUCUGGCUAUCACCAGAGGGGUUCCUCGAUAUACUGCUACUGGCACCAUUGUGCUUACAAUAGAAGACACCAAUUAUAAUUGCCCAACUAUUAAUACCGAAAUAAGGAAAGUAUGUAUGCAUUCCCCAUCAGUGAUUAUCACAGCCAAGGGUAUCGAUGGUGAUGCGUAUGGUUUCCCCUUCACGUUCAGCAUACAUGGUGAACCUCAAACUACAUGGAUUAUCAGAUCAAUAAAUGCUUCCUCUGCAGAACUAGUGACUCAGAACAUGGAAUUUUACCUUUAUAGGAUCUAUGUCACUGUAAGUGAUAACCAAGGCCGACGUUGCUCUAGACCACAUAUAAUUCCUGUGCAAGCUUGUCAGUGUGAUAGUCGUAAUUACUGCACCAAUGGGGCCACGACAGUAAUUAUCAUUGGUGAUGGCGGUAGAGAAACAGGUGGCGACACUGGUACGACUACACCUGGAGGACGAGAACCUAUGGACUACACAGAAGAUCAAGGUUUCACUUACGGAUACAGCGACGGUAGUGAAGGAAAUACUGCAAUCAUUGAUUAUACCUACGUAAACGGAAACGAAAACCAGAGAGAUAUCCAGUCUGCUACCACACUUAGCGGUGCUGCCAUUGGCUUGAUGUUUCUUGGUGGAUUAAUAUUUGUUCUGAUUCCAAUUUUGAUGUCAAUGAGUGACUGUUGUGGCUGUGGACCUGGCGCUGCAGGUGGAGUUGGAACUGGAUUUGAACCUGUACCUGAAUGCACAGAAGGAGCCAUUCAUCCAUGGGGAAUAGAAGGCGCACAGCCUGAAGACAGGGACGUCUCACACAUUCUUGCCCCAACAACAGCUGCAGGAGGUGAUUUUGGUGAACCGUCUGACAUAUAUACAAACACCUAUGGAGGAGGAGGAGUAGUAGCUUCUGGUGUUGAAGAAACUACAGGGGUUGGCUAUGGCACUGGUACUGGUUAUGGAACAGCUGGAGGAAUUUCUGGAACAGGAGAAGUAAAAGGGUCAGUUGGAGGAACAAUAAAAGAGUGUCGAGAAGGAGGAGUGAACAUGGCCUUCUUAGACAACUACUUCUCUGAGAAAGCAUUUGUGUAUGCGGAUGAAGACGAAGGUCGACCAGCAAACGACUGCCUAUUAAUAUAUGAUCACGAAGGAGUCGGUACUCCUGUUGGCUCUGUGGGUUGCUGCAGCUUUAUUGGAGAAGAUACAGAUGAAACAUAUUUGGAUACAUUAGGACCAAAAUUUAAGACCCUGGCAGAGAUCUGCCUGGGCAAAGAGAUCGAACCUUUCCCUGAUGCCAACCCAGCCUGGCCAUGCGUUAACCUCAACUUUCCCAACCCUGAAUGUGAUCUAAACCUCCCACCACCUGGAACCACCAUCAUUGUAAACGGAUGUGCACCUAUGCCUCCCCCAGUUGGCACCACAACGGUUGUUACUGAAAACACCUACACAUCUGGGUCAACUAUACAGCCCCCAAGGCCGAUGCCAGAUCCUUUGCUCCACGGCAACAUGACGGUGACUGAGACCUACACCUCCGGCUCCCCCUCCAUUUGCGUUGACCCUCUGCGUGCGUCCAACGUUGUUGUAACAGAAAGGGUUGUUGGUCCUGCAUCUGCCUCUGAUUUGCGCGGCAUGCUAGAUAUCCCUGAUCUCACAGAUGGGUCCAAUGUCAUCGUCACGGAAAGAGUAAUCGCACCCAACUCCCGGCUCCCAGCCUCUCUGAGCAUUCCUGAUUUGGUAGAUGGGUCAAACGUGGUGGUUACAGAAAGGGUAUUCAGGCCUGCCUCCGGCAUGCCAGGCAGCUUAAUAAAUAUUCCUUCGGAGUUAUCGAAUGCCCACAAUGUGGUGGUCACCGAGAGGCUAGUGUCAGGGUCUGGGAUGAGCAGCAUAGGUGGGACGAGCCUAGGAGGAACAAAUCUGGGGGGCCUGAGCAGCACAGGUCAGAUGCUUGGUGCCGACUGUCACCUUGGCCAGGCAAUGGGCACCGCGUCCCCUGGCACCUCCCGGAGAAGAGUGACAAAGUACAGCACCGUGCAGUACUCCAGUCAGUAAGGCCUCUGCCAGUGCCCCUUCCUGCUGAAAUUGCCAUUUGCACCAACACUUGUUAGCUGCCACCCACCAAGAAUAUUGAUAUGAUUUAUAACUAGGAAAUAGCGCUAAAGUUUCGGGGAUUCCUACUCGUGCGAGGAUCUCUGAAGGGUGCCCCGUUUCAAGGUCAAAUGCAGGACUUUGUCAGUAAAGGGAAAGUUGAAGUAAGCUUUAAAUGUAUUUCUUUCUCUCCACCUAGCACUGCACGUGUACAAACAGAUACCAAUGUUUUUGGAGAGAGAUCUGGUUUCCGAGCAGAGCAGUGAGAAGGGAUCCUUGCAUGCAAACGUUAUCAGCAUGAAUUAAUGUCAUACAAAAAAGUAUUAAAAUGCUGUACUGCUGAGUGAUCCCCCACAAUAAGUAGAUUUGGGUUAAUAGCCCCUAACUGACAAGACAGGAAAAGAAUGUAAAUAAUAAUUAGUCAACUCAAGACUAAACAAGCACUUUCAAAUGCAUCACUUUACUUUGCAUGUAAUUCAAGGAGCGCUACAAAAUGGCACUUUCAAUCAUUUCUCCCAUCACCAGCAACAGUUAUAAAUAAUACUCAUACAAACAGAAUACAUUUUCAUUGUCUUCUCAAGUUCUCAGUAAAACAAACACUCUGCCAUGGUCUGCCACGUUGUUGCUCUCAUGGCAAGGAGUGUGACCAGCAAUUUGCUGCAGCCAGCACUGCCAUGUUGACACCGUCACCCAGGAAGAUGUUGCCUUCACCUUUUCUCCAUUACCAUUACAGCUUUACUUAAAUCUGAAAGGACUUCAGUGACAACCAGGAGCUCUUAGUCAGAUCUUUGUGCCAAACUAUGGCUACCAUUUAAGUCUGCAAUGUCAGGUUCUAUUAAGAGGGCUAUAAUAUAUAUACCAUGCCAGUUCUCUUUUCUCAUACUGACAAGAAAAAAGUCUUAGAAGCUUUGUGACAGGUGGAGGUAAUAGCAAGUAUUGUAUCACUCACGCUGCUAGCUGAAGUCCUUCAUGAAAAAGAAAAAACACUUGGGAGCAAUAUAAAUUUGCUAAUAAGCAAUUUGGAGAACUAUUAUUUCAUAUGUCAAUGUAUUUUGCAUUGAUAUUUUGAAAGCUUAUUUGAAUGUGUUAAUUGAAAAAGUCUUUAAACGUAAUUAAAUCUGGCUUUUAUUUUCCCACAAAAACAGCUCUACUGGACUCUGUUAUUCUAAUAGUACCUUAACAUGGCUUAGAAUAUGAUCUGAAGGAGCAAAAUACCAAAAUUUAGUAUCUAUCUCAUUUUACUUCUGUAUCAUAUGUAUAGUAACCACAGUGUAUGCAACAUCACUUCAGUGUAAAUACAAUAGAGUUAUACAGAGGGACUAGAUUUUUUUUGGUAGAGCACCAACUCAAUAGUUUUCCCUCAAAUUUUGCUUCUUCAGCAUUGAUGGAUAGGUUAGUGAAAAGUUUAAGAGUUGUCUGUGAGCCUCCCACUCUCUAAAACGGAGAAGAAACUUUCAGUUGCGUUUCCAGAUUAACUCACCUCAGAAAAACUGGAUGACAAAUUCCUGAGUCUGAUAUCAGGAAAAAGCUUUUUAAAAGAUGCUUUUGGAAAUGCAACUAGAUCCACUGUCAAAGACAACCUGCAGUGCCCUCUGAGUCAAUGCCACAGCCAUUAACACCAGUGGCUCCCAGGAGUCAUGACCAAAUCCCAGGCUACCUCAAGAACGGCUCCCUUCCACGGCUUCAUGUUUUUUUCUGAAGCAACUAAGUGUACUCGAUGCUGUCCUCAUAAUAUCUGAAGUACUGCUAUUUCUACUUCAUCCUGUAGCCUUGAUGAUCUUAAGUAUCACUAAAAUUGCAUUGACUUCAGUGGGAUAAGUCUCUCCUAUACGUUAUGUACCAACUGUAAGUAUGGUUUUUGGAACCAUUCUUUAAAGAAGGAAAACAGGUACUAAUAUAUAAAGCUGUAUCCUUUUAUAUCUGGAGAAUUUGUGCUGAAAUUCACUAAAAUGCUGACAAGCUAUCAUUCAUUUAUUUACAUAAAAAAGCAAAUAUUUGAAAUAUGUAUGAUUUCAGAUAUUUAGAAAGCCUAUGCAAUAUAGCCAAAGCCCAUUAGAGAUAUUUUUUAAUGUAAAAAAAAAAAAAAUGAAGUCUUGUGUAAAUAUUUCUAUAAUCAUCUGAUGCAAAUCAGAUAUAUUUUUCCCAACUGUGCUUCAAAGUAAUAUCUAGUUUUCAGAAGCACACGUGGAAUUCUUUGUGACCCUCUUGAACAGGAAUGCUGUGUGAAGUAUGAGUGUCUGAACUAACCGUGGUCUCUUGCAUGUUUAGAAAUAGAAAGGGGAAGAAUUAAUAGAGAAAGUACAGGUUUUGGUGAUGUAGGGGUUGUCUACUUCUAGUACUAUCUUUUACCAACUUUUUAAAGAUAAGUGGUGUAUUAUUUAAUACAGUUUCUUGAAAGAUUUCUAGCAUUUUUUAAUAUCAGUGUCUCACAUCAAACAGCAAUAACAUUAUCCCUCAGCACUUUUCUAGUGCAUUUCCGAAUAUUAAUGUCUAUUGCUGUCUAAUUUUUACAAACUUUCUUAGAAUUGUUUUCUUAGUGAGAUGUGGACAUUUUUGGGUUACUGCAAAUUGUGGAAGAAAAAUGUAUCUGAAGGUGUGAACAAAUACUUGGUUCAUUAAAAAUUCUGGGCAAAUUCUUUUUCUAGCUUCAUUCUUAAAAAAAUAGCAUAUAGUUUAAUCCUGACUAACAGACAUUAGUUUUGUUUCUUUUAUUUCUGUUCCAAUUUAGAAGCCCACUUGCUGUCUACCUUUAAUCAUGUUGUUUAAUAAUGAGCAAUGAAUGGUUUUCAGGAAAGAAAGGCAACUUUGAGUAGUGAUAUUAAUCCUGCAAGCAAACCAUGCAAGCAAAAAACACUUAUUAAAGUGUCAGCAAUGUGCAACACCGAGUCUAUGGCUUUCUUUUUUCACUUGGGUUUUGUAGAGAAGGAUCCUACAAUUUUACACUGGCUCACUGAGCUCUUGGCAGCAUGAAAAGCAUACUGCCACAGAAGAAAAGAGAGCCACAAGCUGCAGGUCUCAUUAGAUUUCUGUCUUGGGAAUACUGUCUGAAUUUGAACUGCAGGUUUCGAUUCUUUUUACUCAGUCCUGAUUUUGUGGUAAUAAAUAACUUGUGAGCAGCACCUACUACUUGUAAUAGGACAAGACCAUACAAUUUAAGCAAAAAUUUUAAAAAGUCUGUUGUUUUGCUCGAAUUAACAUAAAUGCUCCUCAUUAUUGAGUAACCAAAUGCAUCAUUUUCAUUCUAUUUAAAAUAUAAUUAAUAUUACAGAGUUAUUGUGUUUUCAUAAAUAAAAAUAUUAGAGAUUUGUUUGUAAUUAUUUCUGAAUGGCACUGAAAAUAUGCAAUAAAUGAUCAUUUGGAACAUCAUGUUUUAAG